UUCCGGUAUUCCUCGGCGUAGGCCAUCUCGUAUGGCGCCCAAACGACCUCGGCCUGAAGAGGUUCUGCGGCAAGAUACUUCAAGAAAGCAGCACAAGAUCACCCAACGUCGAGAUGCAAGAAAGAUCGAUACAGAUUCGCGCCCUUCUCCUGGGCAAAGCAGCGCACCUUCCAACGCAUCAACCACAGUUCUUCCUCCUCAGCUCGAUGUAGAGCAGACGAUUGCGGCUCGCCGCUUUCAGAUCCAGGCUCUACAGAGGGCCAUCCGUGCUUCUCGCGCCUCUGCAUCGACGCGGGCGUGGCAAUUGCUCCCCCGGCAUGCUCGCAGGAGAGCCGCUUCUCAUAACAUCUUGCGCUUGCCUGCCAGGUUGCGCCGCAAAGGACUCGCCGAGCUCAGAGCAUCCAACACAAAUCCCAAGACGAGAUCAGAGAUGCGAAAGAGGCUGGCAACCCAUCCUCGCUCAAAGUCGCUCGCUCGCAAGGAAGAGCUGCUACAGCGCGCCGCCAGACCGGGAGCACAGUGGCUCGAGACUCAUCUCUGGUAUGCAAAACGCUUCCGCAUGAGCAGGGCAGACUUCGAUGGGCCUCGGUGGGGGUAUGUGCUGCCGGAAGAGAGAAGUAUGAAGGGUGCAAGAACGGACUGGAGAGCAGCAAAUCAGGGUUGUGCAGUGCUCGAUGCAAGCUACGAGGAGUGGUUUCGGCUGAGCUGCAAGGUCGCAAGAUCGAGUACAUCCGCUGACGAGGCCAGACAAUAUCUGCAAGAGGUAGUGCAAUUGGCGAAUAUUCGACAAGCGUCAAGCAAGAUCGGCCCGCAGCUCUUACCUGGAACAGUAGUCGACGCAGUCUUGCACGCUGGCAACCCGGGACCAUCAGAUCAAGCGAUCUGCCCUCUGACCAUCUAUUCCGUGGCGCCCACCGAGCCGCGGCUAGAAGGCAAUACCUCCGGCGGCAAGCGACCUAGGUUAAAGAGUGACGCUCAGCAGAAACAUCGCCGGGCCCCGCCAAAGAGUCUUCGCAAGAUGUUGGCAUCAUUACAACCCGCACCUCCACUGUCCGAGGUGCAUCCGGAUUUCGAGGUCCUCGUUCGAGUACAUCCUGCUGCCACACGCGACGUCACAAGGGCACUUCGUAAAGGUAUUGCUAAGCGAGAGCUAGUCAAGCUGGACUCGCUUCGCAAAGGUACACACUUCGUUCUGACAGGGCUGAGUAAGCCGGACGCGGGCACUCUCAUCGGUAUCCACCGACCGGAUGAGCAAUCUCGAAAAGAGCGUCGCAAGGCGUCCGAUAAGUCCUCGAUGAUCGAACGUCAGCAAUUGCGCAGUAGGGCGUUUAACAUCUUCGAAUUGUACGGUCCUCUUUCCGGUCAAGUGUUGGACCGUGUGCUGAGUCCAGUCCUCAGCACAACGCCAGGAGUAGGGGCCGGCUGGCCGGCCUUUGCGCAAGGAUCCCGGCCCACUAUGCAACUCGACAGGGGCCUUGUCUUCAAUCUGCUGGUCACUGACCCGAGACUCUCGACCCCUACAAAUCGACGUGCCCAGAAGGCAUCGCAAGUCGCCGCUGCCCCAGACUUCGAAGCCCUCGACUCCGAAGGCAAGGGGAUCAUCGCAGCGAAUAUUCUCAGUGAUGGCAAGUCAGCGCCUCGCUUCUCCAAAGGUGACCUGGACAGACGUCGUGCGAAGCAGCUGGUGCCUGGCUCUCGUCGGCAGCCAACAGCAGCAGAUGAUACAGUACCGGUCUUGGUCGUAAUGCGGAGCGUUUUGAAGCCCAUUGACGAUGUUGAAAGGGAAGUGGGCGGCUAUACCUUGAUUGUGCCCCAGGGCUGGGGAUCCGCCUUCUUCCAGGCGCUAGUAGGAGCUUCAGCCCGGCCUCUGUCUCAACAAUCACUACGCUCGCUCCACCUCGAGACCGCUACGCCCUCGUAUCCAUAUGACUGGGUGGGCUCGCCGGGCUGGGCCGACGCUUUGGCUUUCAACGAGAACAAGCGACUAGAAGCAUGGACUCGGUUGCCCAAGGGCAAACGUACGGAAUGGAAAAGUGUGGGAACCAGAUGGCCAUUUGGCGGACAGGGCAUGUGGACCUCGAUCAUUGCCAACGCUCGGGCUGCCCUAUUGGCCCUUUUGCCGGAUUCUACGAGCGCUCAGCACAGUAUAGCCUGUCGAGUUGAGAGAGUGCACCUGAUGGGAUCGUCUGAUCAACUUAUCGAGCAGGUGCAGCGUCUGCAGGUCUGCAAGAACUCAGGUGCCAAGGAGCGACCCAAAGUGCCAGCCGCAAUACUACCCCCCAUGGCAUCCACCACGACGCAUCCUUUCGUGUUGUUUUCGGCACGGGCUAUCGAUCGAGGCAGACUUCAUGAUGGUGACGAGGUGCACCUGCUCAGUGCUGCGACAAAAACCACGCCCACUAGUCAUAUUGGCACAAUCACCUCUGGCAACUUCUCACUUGCAAGGGGGACGGGUUUUGGACUGGGAGUAGCGGCUAGGGAGGCGUGGAUCUGUGCUGCCUUAGAAGGUCAGGGAGACGGGAACGCUGGGGGAGCGGGGGCGAAGGAAAUGCAUGUUCGCUUUUUGGUGAGGAGCCGGAUAGGUGGGCCUGCGGGGGUGGUGGAGGCGAAUGCCGUAACGUUCUGACGAGACGGUAGAAGCCAGAGAGGAUGUCAAUCAUGUACCAUACCCAUUUCAUCAGAACGCUUUGUAAUUGUCUGAGUCGAGCAAGCC